CAUAUGUACCUAUAAUAAAUGACGAGAGCUCUGUGCCCAAAGCACAGAAGAUAUAAAACCUGCGUGAAUCCUAACUUCCAUUUACUUUUCACUUUCUCCUGCUGGUGCCCAAGACCAAGAUGGAGGGAAUGACUAAGGAUAAGGUGGAGGAGACAAGAGAGUUAGAAUGGGCCUUGAUACCGCCAAGAGAAGUUUCCCAAGUAGAUGGAAUUGUGCUAGAAAAGAAUAUAUGCAACACCUGGGAUAAAGUCUGGAACUUUCAAGCCAAGCCUGAUGACCUGCUCAUUGCUUCCUAUCCCAAAGCAGGAACUACUUGGACACAGGAAAUUGUAGAUCUGAUACAGAACAAUGGAGACAUUGAGAACAGCAGGCGGGCUCCCAUUCAGCUUAGACAACCUUUCCUGGAGUGGUUCAGAAGAGUAACCCCUGGAAUUGACCAGGCUAAUGCAAUGUCUUCACCAAGGACGCUGAAAACUCAUCUUCCUGUGCAACUACUGCCUCCGUCCUUCUGGGAGAAAAAUUGUAAGAUAAUAUAUGUGGCAAGGAAUGCCAAGGAUAACAUGGUGUCCUACUACUAUUUUCAAAAGAUGAACAAAGCACUUCCUGAGCCUGGAAGCUGGGAUGAGUACUUUGAAACAUUCAUGUCAGGAAAAGUGAUGUGGGGGUCCUGGUUUGACCAUGUGAAAGGCUGGUGGAAGAAGAAAGACAGUCACCCGAUUCUCUAUCUUUUCUACGAAGAAAUGAUGAAAGACCCAAAACGUGUAAUUAGAAAAGUAAUGGAAUUCCUAGGGAAGAACCUAAAAGAAGAGGUUUUAGACAAAAUUGUCUAUAACACUUCAUUUGAUGUAAUGAAAAAGAACCCCAUGACCAACUACAUAAACGACCCUGAAAUGAAUCAUAAUCUUUCUCCGUUCAUGAGAAAAGGAGUCAUAGGAGAUUGGAAAAAUCAGUUCACUGAAGCUCAGAACAAGCGAUUUAAUGAAGAAUAUGAGAAACAUAUGGCUGAUACCUCGCUAUCAUUCUGCAUGGAACUCUAAAAAUCAGAGCAAGGGAAUAAGAUUUAUUGUCUCACCAGCCUCUGUGAAGUACAACAAAACUCUGUUUCCAAACACCAGUAAUGGUUUGUGUGAUUUUAUG